GCAAACGCCCCGGUAGGCAAUCUGCAACCACGAUCUCGGACGGCUAUGAUAUCCUCGCUACUGUACAGAUCCAACGUCUAGACAAGAAAUCCAGAGUUCUGUCUGUCUUCCUUCACAGGGGAAACCAAAUGUACGCUCCUUUAAUUUGACUUGAGUGCGUGGUCGCCCUUUAGCCGGGCAAUCAAUCACGAUCCCCAAAAUCUCCGAGGUUACAGUUAUUUACUGGAUAUAAAGUAGCACUGCAGCACUCCUAUCACCUACAACCAGUGGAGCCAGCCCUUGUUGAAGGAUCAGGUCUCCAAUACAUUGUGCGACGAUUGAAAAGACUGUCCUCCUGAACGAGUUGAGUCCGUUACAAACAUACCUUAUUCAGAAAUCCGGUUUCUGCUGUGCGUGGUUACCUUAUAUGAGGGAGGGGUAAGGUGGGAGGUCCUGGGGAUAGAUUACCUCCGUCAACUAUAACCCACGCUGCACACCAAAAACGAAGACGAAGCAAAGCAAAGUCAUCAACAUGAAAGCCAUUCAAAUCACAAACUACGUGCAGAAAUACUCGGAGUUAACGGUGAGCGAUAUCCCGCCUCCGGCUCUCCUGUCCUCGUCUUCUUCUCCCACGACCAAAUCCACAGCAACAGAAACGGGAACAGGAACAACAGACGACAACGACAAAGUCCUCGUGAACAUCACACACAGCGCGCUGAACCACGUCGACCUCCUGUACGCGCGGGGAUUGCACCAGAACAACCACAGCGGACUGGUCAAGCCGCCGUUUGUGCUAGGGUUGGAAUUCGCAGGGGUGGUUGUUGCCACGUCGGGCUCCCGUUCUGGAUCAAAGUUUAAACCAGGCGACCAAGUGUGGGGAUCCAGUGUCGGCGGGUUCGCGGAACAAAUUGCAGUUCCGGCGUCGUCCCUUCAGAAAGUUCCCUCGGGAUGGACGUUGCAUGACGUUGCGGGCCUAGGAGCCGCCACGGCACCAGUGAGUUAUGGGGCUCUGGUGCGCGUGGCGCAGGUCCGACCGGGCCAAAUUGUGCUGGUGCACGCCGCGGCGGGCGGGUUGGGUGUUGUUGCUGCGCAGAUUGCACAUGCGCUUGGUGCUAUGGUUAUAGCCACCGUGGGCAGCGAGGCCAAAGCCGAAGUUGUUAGGCAGAAGUUGGGCACGAGAGUGUUGGGAGUCGUGCGGUAUGAUCUUGACGGCUGGGAGAAGGAGGUGCUGAAGCUGGCAGCAUCAGCACGGCGCGACAACGACAACUGUAUUGGUAAGGAGACUGCUGGGAUCGAUGUCGGCGUCGAUGUCGUUUAUGAUACUGUUGGGCUUGUGGGAAAGAGUCUGCGCUGUCUCCGGUUCGGUGGAUGUAUUGUCAUUGCGGGAUUUGCUGGCCUUGGCGGGAAAAUGGAGUCGGUCGCCAUGAACCGCGUCUUGUUAAAAGGUGCCAAGUUAUUGGGAUAUAGAUACGGCGAGACAGGACGGCGCCACCCGAAAGAAAACGAAGAGGUGUGGAAUGGAUUGAAUCAACUGCUCGAGAGCGGUAAGAUCAAGCCUAUCAUAUACGCAACAUAUCAGGGGCUCGAGAGCGUCCCAAGGGCACUGGACGAUCUUGCUGCAAGAAAGGUGUGGGGAAAAGCAGUUGUCCAGAUUCGGUCUUCAACUUCACCGCCAACAGCAAGGCUGUGACGUGACUUGACAUGACAUGACUUGACACACGGUAAAGUAUCAUUACUAGAGUGGCGAUUUCGAGGGCAUCUUCUGGGCAGCAUUAAAGGAAACGACUAAGCGGUUGGGCGACAACUCGACUUUGACUUUGGACCGGUUUGGUGGCUACAUGUAAAGAUUCGAAUUUUGACCCAAGCAGAACAAGCUGUAAGACGAGCAAAAGACGGACCAACAGCACAGCACGGCACAGCUGCUCGCGACUCCUGGUUUUCCAUUUCAAUUCAUGACCAAUCCGCCAUCAACGACCAGCUGCUGACCGGUGACGCCAGCGGCCCACGGACUAGCGAAAAACAAUACUGCCCCUGCAACAUCUUCUGGGAUAGUGACUUUUCUCAGCGGGGUCACGGCUUUGAUCUGGGCAAACACCUCCUUGGGCGUACUGGCACUCGCAUCCGUGACGUCCAACAGUCCGCCUGCGACAAGAUUGACCGUGAUGCCCUUGGGACCCAGCUCCGCGGCACAAGUUCUGGUGAAGGCCAACAAUGCGCCCUUGGCCGCCGUGUAGUCGUGGUACGGCACAACGGGGUUCUGGACAAGAUUGGAGCCGAUGUUGAUGAUGCGGCCAGACCCGAUCCUCUCAAAUCCAGGCAGGGCGGCUUGGGUCGUGUUGAGCGUCCCGCGAAGGAACCCCUGAAGCUGAGAGUCGAAGUUCGACCAUGUGAGCUCACCGGCGGCCAGUUUGGGCCUUGCAUCGCCGUUGAACUCAAAGUCUCCCACGAUGGCAUUGUUCACCACCGUCGUGAUGGGUUGGCCGAAGUGAAAUUCGGCCGUCGCGAAGAGCGCCUUCACUUGGUCCGGAUCCGUGAUGUCCGCCCCAAUCGGGAACACUCCAAGUUCCUUUUCGAGAUGGUGGAUCCGCGUCAGGUCGGACUUGAAGUAGUUCAGUACAACUCGUGCUCCUUCGGCGCGGAAGGCUUUAGCGAUGGCGAGUCCGAGACCUCGUGAGGAACCUGUAGAGCAGAAAUGCUGGCGUGUGAGUAAAUGGAACAGGUAGAUAUAGUCCGGUGAUGAUGCAAGCAGGUCAAGGUGGCCAUGCAGAUGUAGCAGGCCGAGCAAUCCCAUUGCCAACAAUGUAUAUAUGGCAAUCUUGCACAGAUUGAAGUAGCAAUAGGAGAAAUGAAACUUCCGCACCGGCUGCAUCUGCCAGCACCAGUAGCAGCAGCAGA